AUGAGAGGGCACAGCUCUGUGUUUGCCAUGCAGCAUAUCGCAGAUGUAUCCCACGUACUCUUGCGAAGAGGCCUUCUGGGAAGGGACCUCUUCAUGACCAGGACUCGCUGCAGCUCAGGACCCAGUCAGCCCAGGGAGAAAGGACCUGAGGAGGUGGCCCUCAGACUGUAUCACCGCUUCACCACCUUGGGGAGAACUGUGAGACGCAGCAUUCAGCAACAUAUCUCCUCCACAGCCAAGACAUGGUGGGACAGAUAUGAAGAGUUUGUUGGACUCAAUGAAGUUCGAGAGGCCCAGGGAAAUGUGACUGAGGCAGAGAAACUAUUCAUGGUAGCCCGGGGGCUUGUCCAAGAGGCUCAGGGAGACUUGGAAGAUCAGCGGGUCAAGCUGAAGGAAGUGAGGGACCGCUUGGACCGUGUCUCCAGGGAGGACAACCAAUAUCUGGAACUGGCUACCUUGGAGCACAGGAUGCUGCAGGAAGAGAAGAGGCUUCGUACGGCCUAUCUGCGUGCAGAAAACUCUGAGCGAGAGAAGUUCUCCCUCUUCUCCGCAGCUGUGCGAGAAAGUCAUGAGAAGGAGCGCACUCGGGCUGAAAGGACCAAGAACUGGUCUCUCAUCGGGUCAAUUCUGGGGGCCUUGAUUGGAGUGGCUGGCUCCACCUACGUGAACCGUGUACGACUACAGGAGCUGAAGACCUUACUCCUGGAGGCACAGAAAGGGCCGGCAAGCCUCCAGGAAGCCAUCCGGGAGCAGGCCUCUGGCUAUUCCCUUCAACAGAGGGACCUCCAUGACCUCAUGGUGGACCUUAGAAGCCUGAUGCAUGCUGGGCCAGAGCAGAGCUCAGGGUCUCAGACAGGUACUCCCCCCAUCCAAGUCAGAGACACAAAUGUCCUUUCAGCUGCCUUGAAAGAACAGCUCAACCAUUCCAGGCAGGUCCAUUCACGUCUUGAGGGUUUACAAGAGCAGCUUGACGGCCUGGAAAAGACUUUAAGCCAAAUGGCUGGGGUGGUUCAGCUUGCAAAGGCUACAGCACACCCAGACGUGGUUGAACAGGCAGACUGGGCUCCACCCAGCUCCUUGGUGGAACAGGGGAGUAUGAUCUUGGCACUGUCGGACAUGGAGCAGAGACUAGAGGCCCAGGCUAACAGGAACACCAUCUACAGCACACUGGUUGUCACCGUAAUGGUGGUUAUACUGCCUGUGAUGUACAUGCUCUUCAGGGCCAACUAG